CUGAGGCGCCGGCGGGAGCGGCCCGGGAGGCCCCGCCCGCCGCCGAGGCCGCAGGGGCGCCCGCUGGCGCCGAGGAGGCAGCGGUGGUCGCACGGGCGGCAGGGGAUGCGGGCGCUGCCGCGGGGAAGUCGGCGGAGGCCGGCGCGGAGGCCACGGCGGCGGCCGAGGGGGCGAGAGCUGCGGGGGAGGCGACGAGGGCAGCGGCGGCAGCGAGAGCGGCAGAGGAGGGGAGGGCCGCAGAAGAGGCAGGGGCCCGGGAGGCGGCGGCCAGAGCGGCAGCAGCUGCAGAGGCUGCCGCGGAGGGCAGGGCUGCGGAGGUGGCGGCGAAGGCUGCCGCGGAGGCCAAGGCUGCACAGGAGGCGGCGAGUGCUGCUGCAGCUUCAAAAGCAGCAGCGGAGGCCAGGGCUGCCCAGGAGGCAGCGAAUACUGCUGCCGCGGAGAAGGCGGCCAAGGCUGCCGUGAAGGCCAGGGCCGUGGAUGAGGCGGCCAGGGUAGCUGCAGCGGCACAGGCUGCCGCCGAUGCCAAGGCCGCCGAAGAUGUCAGAGCUGCGGCGGAGGCGGCGAAGGCUACUGCAAUGGCACAGGCUGCCGUGGAGGCCAAGGCAGCCGAUAAUGCCAGGGUUGCGGAGGAGGCGGCGAGGGCAGCUGCAGCGACAAAGGCCACCGCGGAGGCCAGGGCCGCAGAGGAGGCUAGAGCUGCCGAGGCCGGGGCCGCGCAGGGGGCGGCAAAGGCUGCCGCGGAGGCCAAGGCCAGGGCUGCCGAAGAGGCCAAUGCUGCCGAGGAGGCGAUGAAAGUGGCCGCAGCGGCAAAGGUUGCGGCAGAUGCCAAGGCCGCCGAGGAUGCCAGGGCUUCAGAGGAGACGGCGAGGGCAGCUGCAGAGGCAACGGCUGCCGCGAAGGCCAAGGCCGCCGAGAACGCCAGGGCUGCGGAGGCGGCGAGGGCAGCUGCAGCGUCAAAGGCUGCUGCGGAGGUCAAGGCCGCAGAGGAGACCAAUGCGGCGGAGGCCAGAGCUGUAGAGAAGGCAGCGAAGGACGCAGAGGAGGCGAAGGCGGCAGAGGAGGCAGCCAGGGUAGCUACAGGGGUCAAACCUGCCGAGGAUGCUAGAGCUGCAGAGGAGACGGCGAAGGCUGCCGCGGGGGCCAAGGCGGCAGGGGAGGCGGCGAAGGCCAGGGCGGCAGUUGAGGAUGCGAGGGCAACCGCGGAGGCCAAGGCCGCAAACGAGGCGGCCAAGGUUGCCUCAGACACCAAGGCCGCGGAAGAGGCGGCGAAGGCUGCAGAGGAGGCGAAGGCGGCAGAGGAGGCAGCGACGGUGGCUGCAGUGGCCAACGCCGCAGAGGAUGCUAGGGCCGCAGAGGAGGCGGCGAAGGCUGCCGCGGUUGCCAAGGCGGCAGAGGAGGCGGCGAAGGCUGCCGCGGAGGCCAGGGCCGCAGAGGAGGCCAGGGCCGCCGAGGAAGCGGCGAGGGCAGCCGCAGCGGCAAAGGCCGCCGCGGAGGCCAAGGCCGCCGCGGAGGCCAAGGCGGCGGAGGUCAGGGCCGCAGAGGAGGCGGCGAGGGCGGCAGAGGCGGCCAGGGUCGCCGAGGAGGCGGCGAGGGCUGCCGCGGCGGCAAGGGCCGCCGAGGAAGCCAGGGCCGCGGAGGAGGCGGCGGCCGUGGGGCGCCUGCGCGAGGCGCUGCGCCUCGCCGUGGCCCAGGAGGAGUCGCUGUUCCGCGAGGUGGCGGCGGCCACGGCCACCACCGCGCGCAGCUCGGCUGCCGCAGAGACCCCGUCGGCCCAGAGCGAGGAGGUGGUGGCCGCGCGCGAGGCUCUGCGGGCGCAGCGGUGGGCGCGCGAGGCGCAGGCGCGGCUGGCGGAGGCGCAGACGGCCGCCCUGCGGCAUCAGUGCGCCGACGCGGAGCGCGCCGAGAGCCAGGAGGAGCAGCUGCUCGCCGCCGCAGGGGACGUCUACCAGCAGCAGUGCUCCGCCCUGAUGGCCGUCGCCGCGACGCAGGAGGCCGCCGCGGAGCAGCUGGGGCGCGCCCGCGAGGCGGGGCGGGGCCUGCUCGACAGCGGCGCCGCCGCGCUGCGCGAGGCCCGGGGCGAGCUGGCGGAGGUGCGCGAGGAGCUCGCCGCCGAGGCGGCGAGGUCGGCCGAGGGGCAGUGGCGCCGCAGGAGGGUGCUCCGCGAGCUCGAGGGGCAGGUGCGCAGCGGCAAGUGCAUCUCCGCGGAGGCCCUGGCCCCGGCGCUGCGCGCGGCGCGGGGCGACCGCGCGGAGCUCACGAAGCGGCUGAGCGCGACGCAGACGCUGGCGAGCAAGCUGCGCACGGCGGCGGAAGACCUCGGCGCGCGGGCCUGGCGGGACCGCCGCGAGUCGGCCGCGGCCGCCGGGCUGGCCGAGCAGCUGCUGGAGUCCAGGCGCCAGCUGCUCCGGACCGCGCGGGGCUCGGUCGUGGGGCCCGGGGGUGGCGGCACGCCCACCAGGCCCGGCGCCGACGAGCAGGGGUUGCUGGCCAGCCUGGCGUCGAGCUGCGCGGGGCUGCUGGAGCGGCAGCCGCGCCUGCGGGGCAGGCUCGAGGAGCUGCAGGAGCAGCACGACGCCAGGAGGGUCGAGAGGUUCCUGGAGCCGGUCCGGGUCGGCGCCGCCCCCAGCGGCGCCCCCGCGGGGGCCCCCGCGGCGGCCCCCGGGGGCGCGGCGCCGAGGGCGGCCGCGGCCGUCGCAGCGGGCCGCGGCAGCGGCCGAGCAGAGCUGCAGCGGUGCGCCGCCGAGCUGCGGGCGCGGCGCGCGGCGGAGGAGUCGCGCGGCGGCGGAGCGUCCCGGCUCGCCUGUAGCCAUGGCGCCGCUCGGACGUGUGCAGAGCGGAAGAGCCGAGCGGCCGCAGAGGCCCAGGCCACGGCGAGCGCGAAGACGCGCCGGGAGGUGGCCGCCCGGGUGGGUGCUGCCGCGGCGCUGCGCCCCCGGACGGCCGAGCCCGUCGCCUCGGGGCCCGAGGCCCGCGCGGGCUUCGGGUGGCGGCCAGUCGCGGCGGAGGCGGUGCCUCCGUGCGACGCCAUGCUCGGCGACACCGGGCCGGACGACCUCCGCGCAUCCUCGGCCUCGCACCUCGAGGAGUGCCGCUCGGAGCUCGCGGCCGCGCGUCAGCGCCUGGCCGCGGGCGCGGCCGUCCGCGCCGCAGCCGCGGAGAGGGGCUCGGAGCUCGAGGAGCUUCAGGUCCGGCUGAGGGUGCUCCGGAGCCAGCUGCAGGACGCCCGGGCGCUGCAGGAGCACUGCCACGUCGCGGCCGUGCCCCUCGGUGCGCCGUGCGGCCUGAGCGCGCAGGACGAGGUCCAGCUCCUGCGCGCAGAGCUCGAGGACCUGCCGUGCGAGCCUGCGGCCUCGGGGGCCGCCGCGGGGGCCAGCCUCGUCGCCGCCGCGCAGCGCCGCCUGGCGGCCGCGGAGGCCGGCUGCGAGCGCGCAGAGGUGGUGCUGCGGCAUUGGGAGAAGGAGGAGGCGCGGCAGGAGCGGCUGAGCGCCGAAGCGUUGAGCGUGGCCGACCGCCUGGCCGACGCAGUGGUCGACAUCGGCGGCUCGCUGGGCCGCCUGGCCUCCCUGCGCCAGGAGCAGCAGCGCCUGGCCGCUGCAGGCGACGAGCUGCGGCGGCACGCCGCCCGCGACGAGCAGGAGCUGUCCGAGCUUGAGCUCACCGCCUCGGACCUCGAGGCGGCCGUGCGGCACGCGUCCAGCGAGGCGGCGGCGGCGGCGGAGCGGCACCGCACGCUGACGGCGAAGUCGCAGCAGGCCAAGGCCAUCGAGGCGCAGCUGCGCGGCGUCAGGGAGGAGUUCGAGGCCUCGCUGGCCCGGCGCGGGCGGCUGCAGGAGGAGCAGGCCGCCCUGGACGCCGAGCACGGCGAGCAGCGGGCGGCGCUGCGGCUGCGGGUGCAGGGGCUGGAGGAGCAGUGCGUCGAGAGCAGGGGGGAAGCCGCCGCUCUCAGGGCCAAGGAGGAGCAGGUCGCGCAGGAGCACAACCUGCAGGCCGAGGCGCUGAUGGAGAAGCAGGCGCUCGAGAAAGAGGAGGUGGCCAAGAGCACGGCGCUGAAGGCGCAGCUCGCGAGAGCCCUGAAGGACGAGUCCCGCGAGCUGGAGGCGGAGAUCGCCCGCAGGGAGGAGGCCAUGAGGAACCAGGAGCAGUGCUGGCGGGCGGAGAAGGCGGAGGUCGACAACCAGCUGCAGAAGCGCCGGCUGUGGCUCGAGAAGAACACGCCCCCUCCAGUUCAGGAGGCGGCCGCGUCGCCGGCGCCCGGCGAGAAGCGGCCCCCGCCGUGCGAGGCGGCCGCCGCCGGGGCGGGC